UUUCUAAAUUCCACUAAAAAAUAUUUUACAACUUUAACAUGCCGUCCUACAUCGAAACGUCGCCUGCCACGCAAUCCUAUGCCAGGAAGGUGGGCAAGUUUUUUCGCGAAAUUAAUCCAUGCUGUUGUGGAUGUUCAAUUAGCAUUGGGGCAAAAUCAAUCAUAAUUUUGCAAAUGCUCCUAACAGCCUUCUUCGUUCUUGGAACAACUAUACAAAUCGUUCUGUGUUCCGUACAUUUUGAGUGGAAACACUGGAAACCCCUAUUUCUCUUUGUCUCGGUCUUCAUCUGGUUUUCUGGAAAGUUGGUGCUGUAUGGAUUUUUGUAUAAAGGAGUUAAGAAUAGUAAUUAUAGUUUGGUUACUCGCUGCUGGAAGAUUUCAAUUUGGUCCACAAUCAUUAACGGUUUUAUCGUAACCAUGGUUACCACCUUCAUGGAGCGACCGCACUACUUUGAGAUGGGAGAAUAUGACGUUAUGCUUGAAGUCCUGAACGUAUACACAAUUUGGGUCGUGUUUUUCUACAAAGAAGAAUUAAUGCGGGGAGCGGAUUUUAGCACGGGACGCAAUGUUGAGAGAAUUCCGUAAAGUUAUUUACAUAUUAUUUCUUGUAUUACUUAUUACGUGAAAUUACUUAUUAAAUAAAUGAAUUAUUUAUUGUUUAACACUA